AUGCCUAAGCGCAAGGCAGAGUCGAAGCUUUCGUCGCUGGUGAAUGGAGACAUAGAGGACGAUGAUCUGAGUCGCGUCGAAGAUGAUGAUAACGCGAGCAUAGAACCUCCGCCAGCCAAAAGACAAAAAGGACGGCCAAAAGCCGCUACGACAAAGGCUACGACCACGGCAACAAAGACCACAAGGAAAACGCGCUCGAAAGUGGUGGUGGGCCCAAAGAAGCGUGGUGCGGCGGCAGGGCGAAAGAAGACAACCAAGGUGGUGGAAGAGCCGCCAGCUGACGAUGUGGACAGUGCUGUGGAAGAAAAUGAGACAUUAGGGAGAGAAGGGGUUUCAGAGGACGAGCUCGAUUCGCCGGAGACUGUUCAGAACCAAGAGAGUCAAGAGAAAACUCGAACACGAGGGAGAGCAAAGGAUACGGAGACCAUAAGGGACGGGGAAUUCGAGUAUACACCUACAAAUACCAAGUCAGCGGCAGUUAGUGGACAAAAAGGAAAACAAACGGCAAAACAAGCGGCCAAGGAACCCUCUCCACCUGUAGAGAUAACGCCGGAAACUGUGAAGAGUACAUCCAGGACUAGUAUAUCCGCCGGCAAAACACAAAGAUUCACGCCUUCAGGAGUCCACUGGGCUUCGCCUGUGAAAAGUACGAAUGUCUUGCCCCAGCACAGGACAUCUAGGCCAUCUGGGAUAAAACCGUGGGGUAGCCCUACAAAGGGUCGUGAGACGGGAGAUGGAGAGGUUGCUCUCAGGCUGAAACUGGGUGAAAUGACCAAGAAGUAUGAGAGCAUGGAAGGGAAAUACCGUGCCUUGCGGGAGAUUGGCAUAGUUGAGGCAAACUCAAACCUAGAAAAGAUACGGAAACAACAUGAGGAGACCACCGCAGCAUCUAAGCAACUGAUCAACUCCCUGAAGAGUGAACUAUCAAAGCAGUCAAGCGCAUCAAAACAGACCCGAGAUUUGCAGAAGCAACUUGAAUCACGGAACGAGGAAGUGGCUCAGCUGCGACAACAACUCGAAGAAAUGAAGUCUGGCUUAAACAAAGCUCAGACAGAAGCCAAGUCGCUGCAAACAAAACUUACAGCUGCUAGGAAUGCUGCUGCUAACGCGGAGAAAGUAGCUACAGCAAGAGGCUCUGCUGUCAGGUCAGGAGCUGUAACUAGGGAUACUGCCAAUGGUCUCUUGGAGUCGGCUCAGGUGGCCCAGCUCAAGGAAGACCUGUAUAGCGACCUUACCGGCUUAAUUAUCCGAGACGUGAAGAAGAGAGAAUCAGACCACUUGUAUGACUGUAUACAAACUGGUCUUAAUGGAAGUAUGUUGGCCCAUCUCUCCCAUCCCCCGUUGUCUUGCCAUGUCUCCGUUCUAACCUGCGAAGUAGCACUUCACUUCAAACUUGGUGUCAGCCACAACAUGGACAACCGGUCAACUGCCAGCCUGGAAGCAGCGGAGUUCCACUAUAUUCCCUUGCUGGAUGAGAACAGAGACCGAGAUCUGCUAGAGAUACUCCCCGACUAUCUUUCAGUAGACAUCACUUUCUCGCGGCAGCACGCAGCUACAUUCUAUAGCCGCGUAGUAGAUAGGCUCACAAAGAAGCUGACGGACUCUUAG